AAAGAAUCGAGAGCCAAUUGUGACAACGCUAGAGCUGUUAGCGCGUAUGGUGUGAUUGCGGGUCUCUGGAAAUCCUACAGCUCCUCGGGCAACGAUUUCUCAGCAAACACAUUCAAGGUCUGAUCGCGGGUGUGGAGCAGCUCUGAGAGAGGAGAGGAACGAGAGCUAUCUUGAAAUCCUGGAGUAUCGACAUUGUGAAAUCGUUCUGGAAGACCAAUAUGAUCAGCAGCCGCGUCACGUGCCAGAUGGCGCAAAAGGCAUCUGCCCGUACAUUCGCUACAGUUAACACCGCAUCGCACAAUCACAAGAUCGUUGUAGUCGGCGCUGGUGCAGCUGGUUCUUCGAUCUCGCACCAGCUUCUGCGUAACGGGAAGUUCCAGGCCAAAGACAUCGCAGUUGUCGACCCAGCCGAGUAUCACCACUACCAGCCAGGAUGGACACUUGUCGGUGGCGGAGUCAAGAACAAGGAGGACCUCAAGCAGCCUCUUGCACCUAUCCUCGAUCCUAAGCUGAAGUACUACGCCAGUAACGUUGGCAGCUUCACACCGGAUGACAAUAGCAUCACACUCGGCAAUGGCGAUAAGUUGAACUACGAGCACCUCAUCGUCGUUCCUGGUAUCAAGGUCGACACAUCCAGCAUCACAGGUCUUCCCGAAGCACUUGCCGACUCUUCAUCCCAUGUCUCGACUGUCUACACCUAUGAGACAUGUGACAAGGCUGCCCGCAGCAUCCAAGCCUUCAAGAAGGGAACAGCAAUAUUCACACAGCCCGCUGGCGUCAUCAAGUGUGCCGGUGCGCCACAGAAAGUUAUGUGGCUGGCUUGGGAUCGCUGGUCGAGCACCGGACUUUACAAGAAGAACGACCCCAGCUCUGCUAUCAACAUUUCCUUCGCUACCGGCCUGCCGACUAUGUUCGGUGUACCCAAGUACGCUGCAGCCCUCGAGAAGCUGCGUGUCGAGCGCGGUAUCGAGGGGCUCUUUGCUCACGACCUUGUUUCCAUCGACGGGCAGACUGCUACGUUCAAAACUGCCGCCGGCGAGAAGGUUGAGAAGAAGUUCGAUCUGCUGCACGCAGUGCCCAAGAUGGGCCCACAUGCAUUCGUUAAAGAGUCUGCGCUAGCCGACACUGUGGGCUACGUCGAUGUCGACAACGCCACUCUCCGCCACAAGAAAUUCGCCAACGUCUGGUCUGCUGGUGAUGCUUCAUCUCUUCCUACUUCUAAGACAGCGGCCGCUAUCACCGCACAAGCACCCAUUCUUGUCUCGAACAUCCUUAAAUCACUCGAGAGCAAGCAGCAGGAGCUUAAUGCCGACUAUGACGGCUACACAUCUUGCCCACUUACAACUGGUGAGAAGGAGGUUCUGCUUGCUGAGUUCAAGUACGGCGGUGUACCCAAGGAGACAUUUGGCCGUAUUCUUGGCCUCGACCAAGGCGUCCCUCGCAGAGCCUUCUACUAUCUCAAGAAGGACUUUUUCCCCUGGGUAUACAAGAAUUAUAUGGUCAAGGGACAGUGGGGUGGACCCAAGGGUUUCAUGAAGUAGGCGUUCUGGCUACCUGGCAGAGAAAGUGAGAUGACUUGAAUGAAGAUAAACAAGCAUAAGAUACCAUGUACGCCAUAGAACGUUUACAGUGACAGCAAACCAUCAUUCGAAAAGUCACAUUUCCC